AUGUGUCAAUACAUCGAAGAUGAAAGAUGCUUAUACGCGGUGCUAUGGUUACUUGCAUUAAGAGGCCACGCCUUAGACUGCCAACAUGCGCAGGCGCAGUGCACCGAGGACCGCACAUGCGCAGUUAUGCUGAUGAUGGUCCCUGACCUGUGCGGAAACCCAGGUUCGGAGACUACGUGUGACGCGCCUGAUAGGCCGCAAUGUGAGGGGAUCCUUCAGAUUUUACGGCAGAGCCAGCAUUUCAGAGGAUGCAGCUGCGAUCCGCUCGCCGUCAACUAUCAAGAAUGUCAGGCCGUAUACUCUCAGCUGUACAGGGAACAGUGCAGGGACUCGGACGAAGAAGUCGUUCAAGAGGUUCCAACUCAACCCGUGCAAGAUCCUUUCGCUGUUUCCCCAUGGCAGUACAUGGCAAAUGUUGAUCAAGUUGGCCCUGCACCGACCGGAGAAAGCACCUGUAUAGAAGCUCUGAACGCUUGCAACGUCGACGCGACCUGCCGUCAGAGCCUUUACGAGUAUCUUACCGAGUGCAGAGGCGACCCUGUCGCAAACACCUGCAAAAUGACCGCCUGUAGACACUCCAUACGAGCGUUCUUAGAUGCCGUAUCGCCCCGGUACACACACCCACUGUUGUAUUGUUACUGCGCUAGUGACGAUACGCAGUGUGAUACAGUAUGGCAGGGUCUGAAUGCUGAAUGUGCGUACAAGCUGACACCACUACCUAGCUGUCUGGAUGUGAAGGAACAAUGCAUCCGAUCUGCACUGUGCAGCACAAAUUUCGAGAACUACAAAUUCCAGUGCGCAGUCAGCGACGCGACCGGGACAGGUUGCGCACAAAGCUACGGCGCAUGCCGUGACUCUCGGCUGGGAAUUCUGGGAACGAUCGUGGCAGCCAGUUGCACGUGUAGAGGCGUGGAGGGGUCGGAUUUGGACGCGUGCAAGCAACAACAACUCAUUGUGCUGGACAACCCCUGCUUUGCCCGAGCGAGCCAAGCCUAUUACCCAUCAACCAAGAACCAAGAUGGCGCCCAUACUACUGCGCAGCCGCAGAUCCAUGUCAACAAACGCGUCAAGAACGGAUGUGUUGUCAGGCUGUGGAAUGGUUACCCGGAUGUAAACGUCGCCACGGGUCACAACAUCCGGAUUGCGAGUGACGACUUUGCGGCCUGCACCCAGAUAUGCCGUUGCGUGACUGGCUAUCUCUCUCAGUGUUUCGACGUUCUGUGCAAUGUGACACAACCAUGUAACGAAGGAGCUCGCAUAAGUCAUGAAGGGUCAAAGGAAUGCGUUUGUACGGGCAGAGAACAGAUCUGCAUAGAUACGAAAAUCAGCUUACACGUUGAUGCUCCGGCAAUGGUAAUUGGAUACAGUGUGAUCGAGCGUGAGUUUAUAGAGCGUCAACUACACGUUCGAGUUACUGCUCAGACUGUUGUAUCAAAACUCCAGCAAGCACUUUCGGGUGUUUUCUCGCGUAAACCCUGUGAACUUAAGACAGUAACUGGUACCCACGUCAAUGGUACCCAUCUAGAUGGAAGAAUCGUGAUCGUUGCUCAUUCAGAACGUAACGUUACACAGAAUUACUGGGAGUGUAUGAACCAGCUAAACGACGUGGUCGCCAUGAUAAACAGCAGGGCGCCACCUAUUGCCAGUGACGUCAUCCUCUCAAUGAUUAAGAUUGCCAGUUUGAUAGAGGGCGCCCCGGAAAAGGAACAGACAGGAGCGCAAAUUAGCUAUACCCGUUCAGGUGCGACGCGUGUUGUGGCAAUGCUUUUUAUAUUGCAAUGUCUGCCUUUCGUAUUACUACUAGUAACACCAAAGUUGUAUUAACCUGAAAAUAAAAACAUGUCUUAAGGCAUAUCGAUCGAAGGUUGUAAAGUUUGCGUUGUUCAAACUACAACAUCAAAAGUAAUUUAUUGAAAAUAUCUGAGUCCAAUGCAGUACGUCUUUAAUUUGAAAAAAAAUACAUUAGAAAUUAUAUUUACCAAACAAUCACUGUUAUCAAAUAUAUAAAGAAAUUGAGGGAUUUCAGGGCACCUACUCCGUACAAGAUAAACAUGGAAUAGUCACUUUUUCGCAACAUUUCUUAUCAUAUUAUGAAGAAUGAUAAACAUAAAUGCUUUUAGAUAUUAAAAGCAACUUUAAUAAUAGUUUUUAAUAGUUGUUGACAGUUAUGGACUUUAAGUUUCAAAAAUUUUGAAAAGGUAGACUAUUGUAUAUGCAACAAUAUUAACUGCAAUUGCACUCUGGCACACGUAAAUUCUUCACCCAUAUUAAUUCAACUCCAGUUUGUGACCAUUUGCCACCGAUAAAAGUUCAGGGUUUUACAACUUCUAAUUUUUUUUUUACAGAAAUGAACAAAUUUGUAGCGUGUUUCGUUGGAGUCAGUGAAGAUAUUCAAAAGUUUCGAAGAACAGUUUUUGUUAAAAUGAAUGUGUUCUAACACAAGAAGACGGGUUCAAACGUUCAGACAGGGAACCUUAUUACGGGAUGAAUUUUAUUUCGUAAUUUUGAUACAGGGUAUAUUUAUGUCAAGUUGUAAAUAAUUGGCUGAAAAAAGAUGAGAAAUUAUAUCGAUUUUGUAAAUAUUAAUUGCACAUUCGAAUGUGAAAUUCGAAAUUCAACCACACUGUGAUUGAUCGAAGUCAAGGUACCAGACUGUGUCUCACCAAAACCGUCCACGUGACCACCAAACCAAAAGAUUGGAUACUACGAUUUGAUAGGAGUAGAUCAGGCUCAAACCUACGUCCAGUAUUCGUUCUGUAUUCGUUGUUUGCAGGGAGUCGCCAUGCAUGUUGAAUCCAUAUCGAGGCUGACCUUUCAAACCAAGGAAACGGAAAAUUGCUUAGCAAUUGGUAUGCUAAACGACAGUCGCUGAGAACCAGCCAAAAGAUAUCACCGUAUAGAGUUUUUCGCUGGUAACCUGUGUUCGCUAAGCAAUGUAGCUCCACCAAAUUGACGACCGGCCACAAUAGAAGGUAUUACGUAAUCACAGUGAGCCGGCCUCGGCCUCGAUUUCAACCUGACUUUACAAGGAAAAAUGGAGGUCAAGGGGUCGCCCGCCCUCAAGAGUUCAGUCUUAGUACUACAUCGUUGGUUAUUCUACGGCCCAGGAAAUACAGUGUCAAAUUUUUACCAAUGUUUCUGGCCUGGUUACAAAUUUCACGAUUU